AUGGCAGAUAAAGAGAUGGUUUCCAAGUCGGUGAUGGAUGUGGUGUCGACUCCUGCCGUGGAUGAGGACCAGAAUUCAGCGAUUGUCUCGGAUAAGGGGUCGGUCACUCAAUCCGAUGAUGGCAAGAAGGCACCCCCGUUGGCGGCGAAGCUCUUUGCUGUACUGUUGAUUUCUUGUAUCAGCUUUGGAUCGCAUUGGAGUUCUGGCGUGACGGGCGCUAUGAAGAGCACGAUCAAGAAGCAGAUGCAUAUUAACAAUGUGCAAUUCUCGCUUUUGGAAGCAAGCGAGGAUUUCAUGGCAACUGUUUUGCUGAUUCCGAGUGGUUUGGUGACUGAUAGGGUUGGUGGUGCUGAAAUGAUCGUGUAUGGAAAUAUUGUGUAUACGAUCGGAUCGAUUCUUGUUGCUGCAGCCACGACUGUGCGCUCUUUUAAUUUCAUGAUUGGAGGACGAGUGAUUCUGGCGCUUGGAGAUAUCGCCACGCAGAUCGCACAGUACAAGAUGUUUUCAUCCUGGUUCGCGCCUAGUAAUGGGUUUGCGUCGACUCUUGGAUUUGAAUUGGCUAUCGGAAAGAUUGGCGGCUUUGUCGGUAAAUCCACGGCCAACGUGAUCGCAAAGAAAACUGGAAACUUCGCUUGGGUCUUCUGGACUGCCGUGUUCAUGAACCUGUUCACCAAUGCCGCCACGGCCGUGUUCUGGUUCUUCAGUCGGUAUUGCAACAAACAUUAUAAUGGACGUCGCGACACUGCAACCAACGAGCAGUUGACCGAGAAAAACAAGAAGUUCGAGCUCCAGAAGGUCUUCCAGCUACCUUGGAUGUUCUGGGCAGUGUUGGCUUUCUCGUUGUUCCAGACUAGCACUGCUUCGACUUUCAGUCAGAAUGCGACUGAGUUGGCAGAGCAGCGAUUUGACGUCGGCUCGAUCCAAGCUGGAUGGUACAGUUCUUUGUCUCAAUAUGCUGGGUUCUUCCUCGUUCCUUGUCUGGGUGUCUUUAUUGAUGUUCUCGGACACCGUGCUUCUGUCUUGUUUACCUGCGGAUUGGGUAUGUUUUUGAGUAUGGUCCUGCUCAAUUUCGCGCCGUCCAGAGCGGGCACUGGUGCAUCCUUUGGUAUAUACGCGAUCGCCGUGUCUAUGGGCCCGACAUCCAUUAUCGACAGUAUCCGAACGACUCUUUGGCACCAGUCUGUCUUUGGAUCUGCUUACUCGCUCAAGGUCACCAUGAACAAUGCCAUGAACAUUAUCAUUCGCAUCAUCACUGGCGCGUUGCAGGAUGCAGAUGACAACUCGUAUCGUCGUGUGGUCCAGGUCUACCUCUUCCUCGCAGCCGCCUCCGUUGUCGUCGGCUCCGCAAUUCUGAUCGGCUCAUUUUUGACGAACAACCUGGGCAUGUUGCAAUGGACGCGACACAAGCGCUUGACAUCCGGUGCCGAGAUCAUUCAGGGUCUUAAGGAGCGCAGCCUCGUGGCGCAUGCCCAGCGUACCCGGCGCGUGUCCGUCGGAUGUUUCGGAGCCCUGCUGCUCUUGAUACUUGGGGGUUGGGUGGCGUAUAUCUGGGGUGCCGUGACGGGACAUAACUCGUAG